AUGUUGAAUAAAUCCUCUAAGGAAUGGGACUGCACGGCUCUGUUCAGCGCUUCUCUGUUUUCACAAACUUUUGCGAUGCCAGACAGUACUGGUGUUACGAGAACUUUGCAUGAACUUUACGUCAGACCUCGCGCAUUGCCUCAUGGCGCGUUUCAUUCGUCUGUUACUAGCCCCACUGGAAACUCGGCAGAGACUCACGCUUUAGCACUGGACCAGCUACGUUUGUUACGAAACACCCUUUGCCAUCAGGUUACUACACGAAAGAUUGAGAAAGCAACCUUUGAUAGUUACAUAGAGCUGGCUAAAGAUGCUUUCACCACAUUGAAACAAGACAAAUCUAAACUCAAUGAGAUUGGAAACCUAGGCGAAGAAAAUUUUCCUACUUUAAGACUUCAAAAGCUAGAAGACGAACUAAAGAAAGAAAAAGAUGCUGCCAUCAAGUUUAAGCAGAUCGAUGAUCAUCUCCACAAAAUCCAGUCUCAAGUAAAAGAUUUGAAUAUCGACGUAACUGAUGUGAAGACUCUUGUGGAAGAUGUCGGGUUAGACGUGAGAGAUAUUCUCUCCGACGUGAAAGAUGUGAUGACUGACACGACAGAUGUAAUGACACGAGUGGAAAAUGUUGGAUCAGACGUGAAAGAUGUGAAGACACAAGUUGGAUGUGUCACGUCAAUUGGAAAAAAUCUGAAAGCGGAUGUAGAAAAUGUAAAGAUGGAAGUAAAAGAUGUCAAGACCCUGCUGGUGGAAAUCCAGUCAAAUGUACAGGAUUUAAAGACGAAAGUGGUUGAUGAAAGAAAAACUAUGAAAGCAGAAGGGUAUUCGACUCCCAAAUCCUUGAUACCCAACAAAAAAGUGCACUUCGUGGGUCGUGAGAGGGAAAGUGAAGAAAUUCUUAGUCGUUUUAAGGAUAAAGAUACUCGCCUUAUUAAUGUGUGCGGUCCACCAGCUUUUGGAAAGACGUGGUUGAUCACAGAGGUGGCACAUCAGUUAGAAACACCAGUCUACUAUGCAUCUCUUCGCGGCAUGACCACAAUAGAUGACCUGAUCUCAAGGCUGCUCUCUAUAUUUGGUGACAGGAAUUCGGCAUUUCAAAUUAAAUUACAACCCUGCGAUUGGCUCAUUGAUUGUUUAGAACAAGUUCAGGGGCCAUUUGUUUUGCUUUUGGAUGAUGCAGACGAAUUACUGGACUGUGGAGAUGUCAAAGUAAGAAAUGACGUGUUCGUUUUAAUCGGAAGAAUCCUGCAGUGCAAUGACGUCAAGCUUCUCAUCGCUUCGUAUGAAUCACUUGAUGGCGAAAUCGAUGACCACGCUAUCCAUGUGGAUAGAGUAGGUGUGCUUGAUGAAGUUGCUUCGGUCAAGCUGGUGAAGACCUUACUGCCAGACAUCUCAGACAGCGACUGCAAUAAAAUUGUGAGGGUAGGUGGACAAGUUCCUCUGGCCAUGAAAUUGAUAUGCAGUACAGUGAAAGAACCAAAUUUUUCUGUUGACAAGCUUCUACAAGCUCUGGAAGAUUCACCUCUCCUUGAAGUUUUGGACAACAAGCGUAUUUUUAACAUCAUUAACACUUGUUAUGAGAGGCUUGCGACCCAGGACAGAAAUACGUUCGUGUCAUUGGCUGCUAUUUCCACUGGGUGUUUUGGGUUAGAAGAGGCAAGAAGCGUUUUAAAUUUAAAAACUAUCCAGCAUACAGAAAUAAGGAUUAAGUCACUGAAGCGAAAAUCAUUGAUAGAUUGCAGCGAAGAUUUCCAACACUGCACAAUUCAUUCCCUUUUCCAGUCCUUCAUUGAAGAAAAGAGACAAACUCAUCAAGAAACGGAAGAUUUGUUUAAGAAGGCUCAACGUCACCAUUACAUCGACAAUCUCUGCAUUUUUGAAGCGAAUAAUGAAAAAUAUCUCACAGGUCGUUCCAACGAAGCACUUGCUGCAUUUAAAAGUCGACGUGAGAAGAUCAUUUCAUCAUUUCGUAAUGGAGCAAAAGAUGAUGAGCUCUAUGACAAAGUUGUUGAAUUACUGUCAAUGGGAGAACUGUAUCUUUAUACUGUGUUAAUAAAUGAAGAAGCGCUAUUUAAGGCGAUUUAUGAUGCGGCACUGGAAGAGGCAAGGAGAAGAAAAAGGUCAGUUGAUAUACAGAAUUUGUUGGCCGCCAAGUCCUUUGAGAUGUGGGGUUGGUUCUCUCCGCAACGCCAUAGUUGGGAUCUCUUUCUUUAUAGUGACUGUAGUUGUGUUGCUGAUUGUCCAGUAAAGCUUCUUUGUUACCAUGGCAUUCAUCAAAUACUGUGCGGCAAGCUGAACGAGGGCAUGCUCUCGCUUAACACCUGUGUUGAGCGGCUAAGCGAACGCUGUGAUGAAAGAGUUCUGAAAUCUCUUGCUUUGGGAUUGCUGGCCCACUGUCAAGAGAGAGAGCAAGGAAAUAAAAGCGGGCCUACGUCAGAAAUUGAAAAUUGCAUAUCAUUGUUGUUUUCAAGAGCAAUUGACGAUGAAGUCUUAUGCUUAGUGCGUGCAAGAUUAUUGAUCAUUAGUGAUGUAGGAACAUUUGAACACUGUGAAAUGCUAUUUAAGACAGCCAUGAGCAUAGCAGAGAUCCAUGGCCGUUGUCACGCCGACGGUAUUGGACAGCUACAUCUUGGAAAGUGGUUGACGGAGUGGCAUCAGUUAUAUGAAAGAUGCACAACAGAGGCUGCAAACUCAUUCAUGAAUCUCUUGGGGUUAGAAUCAGUGACUACUGUUCCAAUUGCCUCACUACCUAAUUAUGAAGUAAUGCAGGAUUACGAAGUAGUUGUACAGUGUAUCAAUUCAUUAUCGCGUAUGGCCUUUGCUGGAUUAAAGCCUUUUGGCGACCGUAGUAGCUCUCAAAACAUGGUACGUGCUUUUACUGUUAAAUCUUCCCUGUUCCUGAUUAAAAGCACUAUAGAAAGUAAUUUGAAAUCGCACGAAAUGGUCCCUGGAAUAGAUUUCAAAGAACUUGCAGUAACGUACGAAAAGUUUGGCGUCCUCCUAGAUUACGUUGGAGACUUGAGUGGGGCAAUAGCUUCUUACGAGCAGGCAAUACGAUUGAGGAAUGAACAUGCUGGUAACCCUGUGAGUAUAGCUGCAAGUCUCAUAAGGAUCGGAUUUGUUUACUUGAAGAUGAACAGCCUUGAUGAGGCUGGAAAGGCAUUUCAAAGGGCUUUGGAACUAAGGAAAUCGUCAGGACUGGAUAACUCGGAGAACUUCCUCAUUUACAAUUUGCUCGCUGUUAUUCAUCAGUUUCGUGGAAACCUUUCCGAGGCCCUUGGAGCACUUCACGAAACUUCAGUCCUACGCGAAAAACACUUAGACGAGAACCUUCUCACAGCUGCCACUUUGCAAUAUGCGGGAGCAAUUCAUACUCAGACAGGUGAUUUUGAGGCUGCCCAGGAGGAAAUUAAAAAAGCUUUGGAAAUGCUUACCAAGUUGGGUCAUACGGGAACCAGUUUUGCUCUCUGUUGCCUUAAUCUUGCUUGCAUUCUCCUUAUUUCGGAGUGCCAAACAGACUUAGUCUUGGCUCUUGAGUUCUGCCAAAAAGCUGUGCACAUAUUUAUAGAGUCACUGGGUGAAAGCGAUAUCACAGCUAAAAGCUUGUAUUUGGAAGGACAGAUUCAUGUAGAGAUGAACAAUAACCAGUCAGCGAUUGAAGCUUUUCAGAGAGCGUCCAGGAUGAUGUCAAAUCUGUUAGGCGAUCACGAAGAUACAGCAGACAGCUUUUAUGGUUUAGGAAUAAGUCACUAUGACCAAGGUGAAUACGAGGCAGCUGUCAAAGCAUUUCAGGAGGCCGCACGCAUAAGAUCCAACAUCCUAGGAGGAGGAGGAGGAGGAGGAGGAGUCGAGCUAGUGGAGAUCUAUAGACUAACAGCAUUAACAUACUAUCGGCUUGGUGUAGCACAGUGCAGACUAGAGGACCUUCGUGGAGCUCUAGCAUCUUUACAAGAGGCCUCACGACUGAGAAGGGAAGCUUUAGUGGAAGACCAACUCACGGAUGAAAUCUUGCAGUUGAUUAAUCUUGUCUGCGAGGAUCUGAGUGUAGGCGAACUGGACUGUGACUAACGUUCAUGGGAAGACGCUGUGACUGAAACACGUGCGAAACUCCUCGAUCUCUACUCAACCCAGUUUGCAACGCUGUUAUGAUAGAGUUCAAACCAGCAGCAUCAAAUACGGACACAAAGAAUUCUCCUUCGCCAGAAUUUGACCAUACUUAAAAAUUCAGUGACUCGUUUGAUUUCGACCCAGCACCUAAACUGAGAUUUUCAGAUACGUUUGUAGGUUAGUUUAAAGACACGAUCAAGAAAUAACAAACAAUUUCCAGCAAAAACAAGUAGGUUUAAAGGUACCAAAGAAAGACAAAUCUCCCUUGAUAACACUUUCCUUCGCUGGAUUUAGCCCUGUUUCCUUUUCAAUCAUGCGUGUUCAUCGAAAUCCGUCGAACAGGACAUUAUACUGUUUUGAGGCAAGAGGACGUCAUGAUCUAACACGAAAUUCUAGGACAUAAGAAGGAACCGUAGCAGACAAAAGUUUAGAGCCUUUCGUUAAACUGCCAUUGGCAAGAAAAUUUUUUUAUAUAUCUGACGUUGAUCAAUUUUUAAAACUUAUUUUUAUGGCAAGCAUUUUUAACGAAUUAGUUCUGAGGAAUUUAAGCCACACUUUCUAGUUUUGAAUACAGACGUCUCUCAAUGCUAGUUGUAGCUCAGUCCAGCUGCACUAGAACGAGUCGAGUGCUUUGUGGAGUCCCAGGAAUAUGGAAAGUGCAUUAAGCCUGGCAAAAAGCCUUGGGAAUAUUAUGAUUUUUUUGAGUCAACUUGUUUCACUGAUUUUACAAGUUCACAAUAUUGUAAGGCACCAGGUGGAGUAGCAAGUCAAAGUUUCUUUGACUUGGAAAGGUUAAAAGAGUUAGAGCAGAUUGUGUAGUAAAGAGAAUUGAGUUUUUUUUUUGGAACUGAAUUACAACUCUUAGCUCUCCAAACCGGCUUUUUCGUCUCGAUUAUACAGCACAAGCGCUUGCUGGUAUUAAAUAAAGAAGCAAAUAAAAAUUUAAAUAACCUUUGA